AUGCAAAUGGCAUUCCUGUAUCUGCAAAUAAGCCCCCCAACUCAAUUGCUGAACCUUCUAUACAUCUCCCAGAAGCCUGGUACCUAUUCGAAAAUCGUUCGACCUUUGAUUGGUCUUAUUUUUUUUUACAUUGAACUAAAAGCUUCAAACGGGAAAAUUAACAAGGCUCUAGAUAUUCUACAAGCACAACUUCUCGAAGUCAGCAGUAGUCAGGCUCCGUUUAAGAAUGCAAAGGAACUCUAUGCAGCCAUUGACUCAAUAUGGGAAGAGAAUACCCCAUGGACCACUUACCAUGUGAAGUAUGCUGGUGAGCUGCCAGAUGAUCCACCGCUUUGGAUGACAGAAGUCUACGAGUUCUGUGUCCGCGAUACACUGAAUGUGCUUACUGAACAACUCAAAACAGAAGCAUUUAGUGGGCAGUUCAAUUACACUCCUUACCAAGAGUGGAAUACUCGCAAUGAGAGAAUUUAUUCCAAUCUGCUUUCAGGAGAUUGGGCUUGGGAUAUAGCGGAUGAAAUAUCUGCAGAUCCAGAGCUAUUGAAGAGAACCAAUGGUGCGAUGCUGGUUCCCAUUGUUCUGGGGAGUGACAAAACCACAGUUUCGGUGGGGACUGGACAUCAAGAAUACCAUCCAGCAUAUAUUUCGCCUGGAAACUUAACCAAUGUAGCAAGGAGAGCACAUGGUAACAGUGUCCUUCCUUUCAUGUUUUUUGCCAUUCCUCGAACAAAUCAAAAUGACAGAAAAUCACAAGUGUUUCAUACCUUUUGUCGUCGUCUCUACCACCACAGCUUGUUCACAGCAUUGAAAGUGUUGAGACCAUAUAUGACGACUCCAAUUCUUCUGAAAUGUCCUGCUGGUCACUAUCGCCAAGUGAUAUUUCAACUUGGUCCUUAUAUUGGUGACUAUCCUGAACAAACAUAUCUCUCCUGCAUUGUACAAGGCUGGUGUCCAAAAUGCAUGGCUAGACCAGAGGACCUGGAUGCAGUUGACUCAAAUGGCAACAGAGCAAUUUCAAGAACACGAGAAUACCGGCAAGCCUUUGUUACAGGAGAUAGGCGUAAGGUUUGGAGGGAUUUUGGGCAAAGAACAGACGUUGCACCUUUUACUGAUCAAUUCCCCUGCGCUGACAUUCAUGUUCUUCUCACCCCAGAUCUUCUUCAUCAAAUUAUCAAGGGGUCAUUCAAGGAUCAUAUUGUUACUUGGAUCUGCAAUUAUAUUCUUGAAGCAUAUGGAAAAAACAGUCUCUUGAUCUUAAAGGAUAUUGAUAGAAGAAUCUCUGCUGUUCCAGCCUUUCCAGGCAUACGUCGGUUCCCCGAUGGUCGAGACUUUGCUCAGUGGACAGGUGAUGACUCCAAGGCCUUGAUGAAGGUUUAUAUUGCCACUGUUGCAGGAUAUAUUCCUAGGGAGAUGGUCAAAGCUCUUUCAUCAUUUCUGAACUUAUGUUAUUUGGUUCGCAAGAAUGAAAUUGACACAAACGACCUGGACCAGUUUUACCAGCAUCUCCAAGACUUCCACAAGUACAGAACUGCUUUCAUCACCCAUGGAACUCGUGAAACUAUUUCCCUUCCCUGCCAACAUGCACUAGUUCAUUACAAAGAAUCAAUACGUCAAUUUGGUUCACCAAACGGUCUCUGUUCUUCGAUUACAGAAUCAAAGCAUAUCAAGGCUGUUAAGGAGCCCUGGCGCAGGUCAAACAGAUAUAAUGCCCUUCACCAGAUGUUAACGACUAUACUCCGGUUAGACAAGAUGGAUGCUCUGCGGAGAAAGUUUGUUCAACAAGGGAUGCUUAUUGGUACCACCACAUCAUUUACUGCAGAUCUGCUUGAUGAACCAGACUUGGAGGAUCUUGAAGAUUCAUAUCCCAACUUUGUGGAACCUGAGAGAGAAACGGAAUAUGACGUAGGGCCAUGUGAUGACAGGGGUGGUGGCAUUUCAGUUCAGUUAGCACGCAGUGCAGCUCGUAGAUAUCCCCAAACACUUGAACUCCUUGCUCAACAUAUCAAUCAGCCUGAAUUUCCUCGGGUUCUGCGACAGUUUCUUUAUGAUCAGCUCAACCCACACUCCAAUAUCUUUGGUGAAAGCCUAGAUGUUGAGCAGUGUCCCACCUUUAACGAGAAGAUCACUGUGUUUCACUCUGCCGUUCUCACUUGUUAUGCACCCAGUGAUGAAUGUGGGAAGAAUGGAAUGUAUAGAGAACGCAUCCGCUCAACUCCACACUGGCAUGGCAGGCACCCUCACAGAGAUACAGUGUUUGUACAGGUUGACGGCUCACUCCCAGGAAUUCUUGGCCUUGCUGUGGCACGUAUACUCCUCUUCUUCUCCUUCACCCUUAACAACAAGAGCUACUCAUGUGCAUUGGUCAACUGGUACCUCCGGACAGAUGAUGAGCCUGAUGAAGACACUGGAAUGUGGGUUGUAGAACAGGAAGUGCAAAGAGAUGGAAGACCCACUUUGGCCGUAAUUCAUCUAGAGUCAAUUGCCCACUCUGCACAUCUUCUCCCCCGCUUUGGUAUGGAUGCUCUUCCGGAGAAAUUCCAUCACUUGCAGUCCCUCGAUGCAUUUGAAUCAUAUUAUAUUAACAAGUUUGCAAAUCAUCAAAUGUUUAGUUUCUUAUCUAGCAAUUGA